AGUUGAUUAAUGAAUUAUGGUUGUUGUUAGGACAAGAACGCAAGAAUUUGAUCCGGAUGAAAAAACUGGUAUAAAUAUGGAAAUCACUGCUACAAGCACAGCCCACCCAAACAAAGCCUUCCCUUAAAAGAAAUUCCGCCGACCCCAUAAAGCCUAAUCUCUAGUCCCCAACCACCACUACCUUCCAAUCCCAAAAAAUCAGAUUAACCGAAGUCUCCAACUUUCUUCUUAUUGCAUUUUCUUCCCCUUAACUUUUCCUUUCUCUCUGCUCUCUCUAUUUCAUUUCUGUUUCUUCUUUCCUCUGGCCCACAUGCCAUAGCUCUCUCUCUCUCUCUCUCUCUCCCACAAAAUGCCCUCUGUCCCCAAGUCCCCACCUUCUCCUCCGUCACUUCUCCACCACGACAACUCUGAAGCCGAGCGCCGCCUCCGUGAGGCAGAGGAGCGCUUGCGUGAGGCCAUUGAGGAGCUCCAGCGCCGCCAGCGUAGAGCUUCUCUUGGUGGUGCUUAUCCCCCUUGUGAUCACGCGCCUGAUGAAUCCUGUGUGGCUCACGCUAUUGGCAAUCUCUGUCAGAGUUUCCUUCUCUCCUAUGGCGUUAGAGUCGGUGUUGGCAUCUUGCUUCGAGCUUUCAAGCUCGCUAAGGGACAGUCUUACUCUUCCCUCCUCGAUCUGAAGCAACUUGUAUCGGAGAAAGAUUUAAUAGUGAGAGAAGAAGCAUGUCGAAUUGGUUUACUGUUCGGGGGAUUUACGGGGUCUUAUCAUGCACUUAGAUGCUUAUUGAGAAAAUUGAGAAGGAAAGAGACACCAUUUAAUGCAAUUUUAGCAGGUUCGGUUGCAGGGUUGUCUGUUUUAGCCUUAGAUGACUCCAGCCGCAGGCGAACUCUUGCUCUUUAUCUCUUGGCUAGGGUAGCUCAGUGUGCAUAUAAUUCUGCAAAGUCUAAGAACAAAUUUCACCUUUGGGGAAGCCAUUGGAGACAUGGAGAUUCAUUGCUCUUUGCUUUUGCAUGUGCCCAGGUUAUGUAUUCCUUUGUAAUGCGUCCUGAGAGUUUGCCAAAAGCAUAUCACGACUUUAUUCAGAAAACUGGGCCAGUUGCACAGCCUGUGUACAAGGCUGUGAGAGAUAGCUGCAGAGGUGGUCCAGUGGAUGUUGCCUCACUAUCAGCUUACUUAUCUAGUAGAGGGAAACUCAAUUCUGCGGAAUUGGAAGAAUUCCCUUCUAUUAUUCCUUGUUCUGUUAUUCAUCCAGAUACAAAUUCAUGUUUAGAUCAUAAUGCUAAAGCAGCAUCAGCUACAUUUAGAAAAACUUUUCCUCUUUACUUCUCAUUGACUUUUGUACCAUAUGUUGUUCUACACCUUCAGAAGUUUAUGGAUGCACCUGCUCGUACAUGUUGGCUUGCUGUUAGAGAUGCUAUUCGCUCAACAACGUUCCUGUCUGCGUUUGUUGGAAUUUUUCAGGGGGUGAUAUGUUUGCAUAGAAAAGUUGCAACAGUAGACCACAAACUUGUCUAUUGGAUCGCAGGAGGACUUUCUGCCCUUUCUGUACUACUAGAGAAAAAACCUAGACGUGCUGAACUUGCCUUAUAUGUUCUGCCACGAGCUGGAGAUUCAUUGUGGUAUAUUUUAAUUAACCGUCACCUGCUUCCAGAUAUUAAGAAUGCAGAGGUGGCUUUAUUUUGUGCUUGCAUGGGAGGAAUAAUGUACUACUUGGAACAUGAGCCUGGCACGAUGUCUCCAUUCCUCAGGGGUCUGAUCCGUCGCUUCCUUGCUAGCAGAAUAAGCAAUCCAAGCACUCCAUCUAAUCGGAAUGCUUCAUACACAUAUUUGCAGACUCUUGAUGCUAUGAAGCAGCCAAAAUUGCAGGAGAGCAGAGAGGCUGAAGCUUCAUCAUCUCAGAAAUACAAUCUUGAAUCCAUUCCAGGGCUGUAGCAGUGUAUUUUUGGGUGCUCAAGUGUUACUACUAUAUGAAACUACCCCAGCCAUUUUUCCAUGAUUCAAUUUAUAUAUUAUUUGUUAGAAGGCAGAUGAGUUCUGCUUAACACAUUAUAAUUGACCACAGGGAGAAUAAAGUUUCAUGCUUUUAGAUUA